AUGAAGACAAGUGUACAAGUUAAACAAGAGCCGUCAAACACGGAGUUACAAACUUAUGCUCAAGAAACGGUCAAUGAAUUGCUUCGAAUAUACGGCUAUAAUAUUCCUUCCAAUCGUGAUCAGUUACCAGCAAAGAAAAUAAAUAAUGAUCCUACUAGUUUAGUACAACAAGGUGAUGUAGACAAGAGUAUAGAUCGAUUGUCGACGUCAUCAUCUGAAUCAUCGAACUUGGAACCAAUAAAAUCUGAAGAAAAAUGUGUUUGGUGUCAAAAACUUGGUGGACGAUCAUUUACAUUAAAAAUUGAUAAUGAAAUUAAAUCAUUAUGCAGUGAAGUCGCUGAUGUUGACUUUGUUGUUAAUUCAAAUGCGAGAUCAUCUGAAAACUGUGGACUAGAAUCUGAAGAGAGACAAUGUGAAAAACGUCAUACAAGACGGUUUCAAUACCAUGGUGUUAAAUUUUCAGAAAGUAAUAAAGCACCAAUGUCAGCAAAGAACAAAGCCAAUCGUCGAAAAUUGCUUGUACCACUUCGCCGAUCAACGAUCACAAGAAAAAAUUCGAUGGAUAAUGAGUAUGGAGAAAAUUCUAUUAAAAAAGUGUCUCAUAUUGAUCGUUCAAUUCGACAUAAACAAUCGACACGAAAUGAAAAAAUGUCAUCAAAAUCAGAAGUGAUAUCUUCCAUAUCAACUGAAAAUUUAUCCUCACAAAACCGAUCACUAUGUACCACAGAUCCACGAAAACCAUCGCUACAUUUACCUAUUCAUUUACCAUGGUCUACUAUUCGUACACCACCUGGUUGGAGUGUACGUCCUUCAAUCACAGAUUUUCCACGUCUCAUGCAGUUUCCGUUCGAUGCCAGUAAUACAACUAGUCAACUAUCUUUACAAGAUCCUAAUUCGCGAACAUCACUCUUAAAAAUCCCACGAUUCGCCGAUUUACAUAUGACACCAACAACUCAACAGGAAACAACCAAACGUACGGUAGAUGAAUCAAAUUUAGACUUGUCUUGGAUGAAAAAAGCAAAAAAACCACGAUCGUUAUCAGUAACAGACAAUAUUAGUUUGGUUGAUAACAUUCAAUCAUCAAAUUCAAAUGUAAUCUCGAAUGCAGUUGAUACAUCUUCGAUAAACAAUUAUUGUGCUUCAAUUCAGCAAAAUCAAAAGAAAGAAUCAAAUGAUUCACCAAAUUUAUUUUUAUCAUUAUUCAACAGCAAAUGCUCCUUUUCUUGUAUAAUACCAUUUUUUAUACCUAUACCAAUCGUAAUACCAGUUUUCAUUCCUGUACCUGACUGGAAAUCGUCCACUCAGUCAAAUGUUUCAACUAAACCAAUUAAUUCUCUCGCCAGUCGAGUUCAUGAACGAUUAAACAAUUUGUCUCCAACAGAUCUAACUUCAUCAAUAUCAAAAAGACGGCGAAGUCUAAGUUGUUUAUCCGAUAUUGAUUAUCAAUAUAACGCUACAAAAGAUGAUUUUUAUCCAGUUAGUCAACGACGUGCUAAUCAAAGAUCAUAUGCCUCUAUGGCAUCACCUAAUUCUAAUGUGAUAAGUUCCCAGAAAAAAAAAGAGUAA